AUGGCCCUCCUGUCGCGGUCUUCCCUCCGCUCUGUGCGACGGGCCCCCGAUCCUGCCGACGGUCUGAAGAAAUCGCGCAUCCCAAAUGGCUCCGACCGUAAGAGCUCCCCCGACUGUCUCGACAUCAAAGAUCCCAUCGCAAGACCCCGUUCCAACCCCUUGAAACCCUCGCGCCCGCGCACCUCCAAUCGGACUCGUCGCAACUCCUCUCUGUCGGUGGACACGGUCGCCUCCGGGCAAUUGGCGACCCCGGCAUGUGCAAAUGGGAAUGGCAAUGGCAAUGGCAUUUACAGGACCCCACGCGCCCGCCGCGAUCAGGGAACCUCCUCCGGCGCCGAUUUUUUGCGCGGCGUGCACGAGUCGCCAGACCCAUUGGACACGAUCUCGCCAGCCCCGUCGGUCGCGAAGCAGCGCACCCUGACCCCUGCGAUUGGGGACGCGAAUAGCAAGCCAACGGUUUCGCCUGCUCGCACGACUCAUCGGAAUGACAAUCGAUCGCUGGAUGACGUCGACGAGAGCGCGAUCAAGGCAGAGGGUGCUGUGGGGGUGCCCCCGACGCGGGACAGGAGCGACGGCGAGCCUGCAUCGGAUACACGGUCGGAGAGACGGUCGUUGCGUUCGACCAAUACCGGGUCACGGUGCAAGAGCGAGCUUGCGCAGUAUUUCCACAACUACGAACAGAUUAUCAGCUUGGAUGUGCCCGAACCUGAAUUCCUUGCUGCCAAAACAACUAUCACUCUCGUGGACGACCUCCCGCGACCACUACCAUUCUGCUCUAACCCGGAGCCUACACCCUUUGGCAACCCGCUACUCAAGCUCUACGACUGUGAAAAGAUCCGCCCCAAACAUCCCAAACCCGCAUCAGGCACACCCGCAGUCGACCCGCUGAGCGAAGAGACCUAUUUCCGCGCACACCGCAAGUUCGAACGACAAGAGAAACAACUCCGCAACAUCGAGCGCAACCGCGCCCAACAUGAACAGCAAGUCCUAGAGCGUCUCCUGGACGAGCUACGCGGCCAGGACUGGCUACGCAUGAUGGGCCUGACGGGAGUCCACGAAAGCGACAAGAAGCUCUACGAGCCGAAGCGCGAUAUCCUAAUCCAGGAGCUAGUCACUCUGGUCAACAAGUUCCAAGCAUGGAAAGACGAAGAGCGCCGUCGCAAACUGGAAAGGGAAAAGGCACUCCCGGUGCCAGGCACCGAGGCAACACCCAAUACCUCGCAACAGCACUCGCGCAAACGAUCUCGUCCCGUGGACAGCUCACCGGCCCCGGGGACCGGCACGCCGGACGCAGACGCAGAGCCAGACCCAGACCCAAGCGAUGUCGACGCUUUGGCUGCGCGUCAGCUUCACCAAGAAGCUCGCUCAGCGAGCGCAGCUAAACGGCGCAAGACAGCGCCCGCUACUCGCAAGUCUAUCACCAAACCUCCUCCCAGCACCAACACCAACACCAACAACUCCGAACCAAACCCCAGCCCCAAACGCAAAAAGCCCAACCCAACACCCACUAAACCUCACCCAGCUCCUAUCUCAACCCAAAAAUCCAUACGGCUCCAACAACCCUCCCUCUCCCACUUCUGGAACCCAGCUCCACAAGACAGCCCAUUCACAUCCUUCUUCCGCCAACGACAUGUGCGCGAAGCAGCCAUCGCCGCAACAAAAGGCACACGCCGCGGCGGAUCCCGCUCAACCCUCGCAUUCGGAUAUCCGGUCCCUGACCUGGGCGAACAGGACUUCGAGCUGCCGCCGGAUAUCCUGAACGAGGAUUCUAUUCAGCAGUCGCAGCGGAAGAGGCGGAGACUUAAACGGCGGAGUUUGGGGUGA